AUGAUUCACAAAAAAUAUUGGGAUCUUAAAGUCAGUACUACAAAGAUUCCCCAGGAGAAGCCUGUUAAUAUGCCAAGAAUUAGAAGGCCUAAGAAGAGUACUUGGAAUCGGUUUGUUCAUGGUAUAUGGGAUGAUGUAGUUCGUAUCACAACAGUACAUGGAGUGCCGGGAAUUUUUCAAAGAAAUUCAACAAGAAUUGAGAGAUAUCUCUUGGCUCUUGGUCUGCUGGUGGCCAUUUAUAUUUUGAGUCUUACCACUUGGAAUAUUUUCUACAUUUAUCGCCAUAAACCAAUGCGCACUGUCAUUGCCGAGUUAAAUGCUCCCAUUUAUAGAUUUUCCUUUCCCGAGGUCAAUAUCUGUAAUCGUCAUCACUUCAAUUGGCAACGCUACCAAGAAGCUAAAGAGAGAUUUCUGCGACCCGAACAUUUAACACCCAAGUAUGAGGCACUCUUUAGAGAGGUGCUUGAAAGCUAUGAUACCUAUCACUAUGGUCGUUUCAAAGUAUUUAAAACUAUCGCCCAGAACUAUAGUCUACAAGAGCUGCAUGAACUGGACUAUGUAAAUUUUACCCAAGUGGCAGAGGUUAUGGCUUGGAGAUGUUACGAAAUGUUUUCGGAUUGUACUUGGCGUAAUCACACCUUCGAUUGCUGUGAACUAUUCGAACCACGCCGAUCACAAACGGGUCAAUGUUUGUCAUUUAAUUCAGUGGAAACGGAAGAAGGUGCCAUGAAACGUCAGAAGGAUCCUUACUAUCCACGACAUACAUUGGGGAGGGGCAUAAAAAAUGGUCUCACCUUAAGAGUGCACAUAAGAAAUGGAUGGCAUUCACCAAGAAGCUUGAUGAGCUACAAGGGUAUAUUGUUUAUGUUGGUCGAGCCCGAUGUUUGGUCUUAUUGGCAUCGCAAAAUACCCACAAACUCUAGGGUAUUUAUUUCGAUUGCAGCUCGUUUGACUGUAUUCAACCAAAACACUCGACAAUAUUCACCAGCCUUAAGAAAUUGCGUCUUUGAGGAUGAAUCAACCUCCACUCACUUCAGAACCUUGGAGGGUCAUGAAUACCGAUUUGAAAAUUGCUACUCCGAGUGUGAACAGGAGUACUUAAUGGAAUUCUGCAAUUGCAGUGUGGAUAUGUUUUUUCCACCAUCGAUAAGAUAUCCUCCUUGUCGCCUAUCGGAUUUUCCUUGUCUCUUCAAAUAUAGAGAUGAGCUGAAAAAUUUUCAGAGGAUUGGUGAAGAAGAUUAUGUGGGUACCGCCAUUACUGGCAUGAUAUGUCCUUGUUUUUUCGAUUGCACCUCAUUGAGCUAUCAUGUGGAUUACCGUGUUGAACAUAUACCGGAAAAAUUUAUUGAUCCCAAUGAUACAGGGCUGGAGGUUUCCGUAUAUUUUUUGUGGGACACUGCAACAAUAUAUGAGACUUCGGCUGUUUAUACUGUGGUGGACUUGAUGGCUUCUAUAGGAGGCCUGGCCGGUUUGUGUAUUGGCUGUUCUUUGGUGGGCAUAACGGAGUUGUGGUAUUUCUUAUUCGUCGAUAUGCCCAAACGAGCCUUAAGGGCUACAUUAUCUGUUAAAUGGUUUAGGCCAAGAGUUGUUAGCCCCGAAGUGAGGAAAUUGUUUGUGAAACGAAAACCAUUGCCAUAUCAGUAAACUAAUAAAA